AUGUUUUUGGUCAAGGAUGUUCUGCGUAUUCGCGGUCGGCCAACUCUCCAGCGCCGUCUGACUUACCUCCUCAUCUUCGCCCUAUCAGGCUGCAUGCACAUUUUCAGCACCACGCUCACCGGUCAUCCUUUGGGAAAUUCUGGUUCCAUCCCGGCAUUUUCUCUCGCAGUGAUGGCUAUUGUUGGAGAAACUGUCGCAGUGAACUUGAUCGAUCAAAAAAUCACCCCUCUCAAGUCCCGCAAGCAUAAUCAGCCUUGGAGGGUCAGGAUUGUAGGAUAUAUCUGGGUUCUUUCCUGCCUGGGGGUCUCUGCGCAAUACUACACUUCAGACUCCAUUCAACAGUUCAUCAGCUUGAACCCUUCUCUGCCUCAUAGCUUUGUUGAGGCUUAUGGGGUGAAAGUCGUCGUUGGUAUUCUGUGCGUACUGGGAACGUUUAUCAAGCUCUACUACCAAACAUCACUUUAG